AUGAAAGAUUAUACAAUCCGCAGAGGUGUGGAUUAUUGGGUGCAUGAGUCAGAACCGACGACAUUCUAUGCUAAAUGCACCCAGUAUAGUGCAAGAUGUGAUUGGCUGAUUAGGGUGAGCAAAAUGUCCAGAAAGUUCUGUUGGGAGAUAAGGAGGUACAAUGGUAGUCACAUCUGUACUAGGGCCACCAUUUCUCAAGAUCAUUCGAAGCUGGAUUCCAACACAGUUGCAGAAGCAAUAAAGCCAUUGGUAGAAGCUGACCCGUCUAUUAGGGUGAAAUCAGUGAUUGCGGAAGUACAGUCAAAGUUUAACUACACCAUUAGUUAUCGCAAAGCAUGGUUGGCAAAACAGAAGGGAGAUGACUUGGUUCCUAAUAUUCGUGUGCUACACCGAGUCUUCUGGAGUUAUUACCCUUGUAUUAGAGCCUUCAGACAUUGCAAGCCAAUAGUGCAGGUAGACGGAACUCAUUUGUAUGGAAAAUACAAGGGUUGUUUGUUGGUUGCAGUCUCACAGGAUGACAACAACAACAUCGUGCCGAUUGCAUUUGCGAUAGUUGAGGGAGAGACAUAUGAGGCUUGGCACUUUUUUCUGAGUAACUUGCGACAGCAUGUUGUGACACGUGACGGUGUGGGUCUUAUCUCUGAUCGACACGAUUCCAUUAGGUCUGCUAUUGCUCGUUACUCGCAAACAGUUCGCGAGUACGAGACGCGUUAUCAGCGUUUACGUGAGCGGGGUGAGGCUUAUACCAACUGGUUGGAUCGAAUUCCGCGUGAGCAAUACGCUUUAGCAUUUGAUGGGGGAUAUCGAUGGGGUCAUAUGACAACCAAUCUAGUAGAAUGCAUCAACUCGGUACUGAAAGGGGCUCGCAAUCUUUCAGUCACUGCACUUGUUAAGGCAACAUUUUACAGGCUUAAUGAAUUGUUCACCCAAAAAAGAGCCGAGACUGAGGCUCGAAUUAAUGCAGGACAUGUGUUCUCUGAGCUUGUAACCUCCAAACUACAUGCAAAUCAGCGGGCAGCAGGUAACAUCCAAGUGAGUUGCUUUGACCGACAGAAUGAGGUAUUCGAAGUGCGUGAGUGUCCUAGUGGUGUGGAGUAUGCAGUGGACCUCCGUCAACAACGGUGUGACUGUGGUGAGUUCCAAGUUGACCGGCUCCGUGUCGACAUGUGUUUGCUUGUUGUGCAAACCAACGUCUUGAUUGGCAACUGUAUGUACAUGAUGUCUACAAGAUGGAACAGGUUCGACGAGUGUACAGGGCUAGGUUUAGGCCACUCGGGAAUCCAACAACAUGGCCUGUUUAUCAUGGACCUCGAUUCGUAG